AUGACAGAUAACUGGGAUAGGACCCUCUUUGACAAGGACCUAAAAGCCAUAUUGGAAACAAAACUUCCCGUAUCAGCUUCCAAAAUCACCUCAUUACAAGCUUUGGCCACUGCUCAUCCACAGCAUCACAAUUAUAUCACACAAUGUAUUGCUCGUUUCAUUGAGAGCGCUCCUCCGGAUUAUCGCUUAGCAGGUUUGUAUGUUAUCGACGCUAUUUCACGUGCUUGCCACAAGCAACAAAGAAAACGAGAGGAAACCGGCGAAGGACCUUCAGAAUUGGAUGGAUAUCUCAAGCGAUUUGCGGUUGUGCUCAAGGAUAGCAGCAUGAAUGGAUGCUUUGAGCCCUGCUCAACAAAGGAUAAGGAUAAGGUCAAAAAGACACUCGACUUUUGGGAGCAAGGAAAUGUCUACUCCAAGGAAACAGUGCAGCACAUAAAGCGAUCCUUUUUGACAGCUGGCGGCGUGACGAAUUCUGGUUUGGAUCAAGCAAAAGUUGCUCCUCCCGUGGACACUGCAUCUCUGCUGGCUACCCUUAGUAACAUUGGAAAUGGCUCAUUGGCAAAUCUCAAUAUUCCUGGCAUGACGCCUACACCUCCUCCUGCUGUCGCUGCUGCUCCUGUUGCUCCAGCGAGCACGUCUGCGCCAAUGCAAACCAGCAACCCUCUGCUGCCUCCUGCUCUGGCCAAAUUGCUCGGUGGGUUAGUAACUUCGCCUCCUCCAGCAUCAAAUGUCACUCCUCAGUCACCACCUUCCUCUGAUCCUCGCAUGCGCAACGACCCUCGCAUGCGUAAUGAUCCUCGAAUGGCAGCAGAGACACCUGCUAAGGCUGCGCCUACCUGGCCUCCACCUCAAGGUCCCUCUAUUCCUGCUCCAACCCGCACAACAGAGAGAAAGUCUAGAUGGGGAAGCCCUAAUGAUGUAGAUACUACUAAAUUCAAUGCUGCCGUAUCCCCGCCUCAACCACUUAUGCAGGAUUCCUGGCAGCAACGACAGCCGAUGCAAGAUAGCCGUAUGGGAGCCAACAGUUACCAACAGAGACAACAGCAGCCACCUUUCCAAGUACCUCCUACACAAGCACAACAAUCUUAUGUUCCACCAUACCAGCAGCAGAGCCAACCUUACUCUCAAAACGCUUACCAGCAACAGCCUCAGUCCUUCAAUCAACAGCCUUAUCAGCAGCAAUCGCAGCCAUUUUACAAUGAUCAUGCACCACCAUCUCAGCAACAGCAGCACCAACAACAACACCAUCAAGAAGGUGCUGAUCCUGUUCGUGAUCCCUCUUUGCCUCCUGGUACUAUCAAAGUCCUUACAAGAACCCUUUUUGUUGGUCCUAUUCCUGAUCACUAUGAAAAGAACGAUGUUGCACAAUUAUUUAGUAAAUACGGUGAAUUAGCAAGUGUAAUUGUCGCUAAAAAGCUGAAAGGUCGUCAUAACGCUUUCCUCAAAUUUACAACAAGAGCCUCUACAGAAGCUGCCAAGUAUGAAUCUGAAGGACUCGUGGUGGAAGAUGUGCCGGUUAAAGUGAACUGGGCAUUUGGGUUUGGGCCAAAGAAGCACUUUAACUAUGAUCGUGGAGACUCCAUUAUUCCACUGGCAGAAUUGAGUUCUGUUGAGAAAGACUAUUUGGUCAAUGCUCCCGUGGGUGGAUUCCAUGGCCAACCUGUACGUGAGUUGAUGGUCAUUGAGGAACCAGAGGCUCAAUACCGUCCUGAAUGGAAGCAUGCAAAUGGAGGUGGUGGUGGAGAUGAUCAGCCACGCGGAUUCAAACGCCAACAAGGCAAUCAUAUGGGUAGUGGAGUUAAUUUUGAAGAAAUCAACCAUGGCAGAAAACGAGGCAGAUUUGCUGCAGCCAACAACAAGCACAACAAUUAUCAUGAUGAUGGCUACCAUCAAAACCCCUCCAAGUUCUACGACGCUUCUCCAAUUCGAAAUGGCGGACGAGGACAUGGCUUUGGCUAUCAACAACAACAACACCAGCAGCAGCAGCAGCAGCAACAACACUAUGAUGGCGCUUCUAGCAUACCAUAUUCAGAUCAUCAGUAA